CAUUUUUUCCUUUAUUUCAGGUUGUCCAAUGCACAUGAAGACACCUGACUGUAGAUCUGAGAACACAUCUGAUGUUCCUGCACAUCAGGAAAGAGCGUAUGAAUUUGUAGCAUGUCCGGUGAAGUCUGGUGCAUCUCAAAUGAAAGAUGACAUAGAUCCCAGCAAUAUGAUGCCUCCUCCUAAUCAGCAGCCAUCCCCAGGUCAACCAUUUCCAUUGUCAACUGUUAGAGAAGAAUCUUCCAUUCCUAGAGCACAUUCUGACAAGAAAUGGGUCUACCCUUCGGAGCAAAUGUUCUGGAAUGCUAUGUUAAGAAAAGGGUGGAGGUGGAAAGAUGAUGACAUAACAGGUGAAGACAUGACCAACAUCAUCAAGAUUCACAACCAAAAUAAUGAGCAAGCUUGGAAGGAGAUUUUGAAGUGGGAAGCUCUUCAUGCUGG